CGUAAUAAUGGAACGUUACAAUCUACGCCUCACACCGUCUUUCCAUGCGCCAUAUCUCUCACACAUCGACCGCACACCCGCAUCGACUCACCGACCGUCGUUUCUUUCUCCUAUUUACUCAUCCAUAUAUAAAUAAACCAACCCCCAUUUCAUCAAUAUACAAUAGUUUAUCUUCAAUUUCAUCUUUAGGGAUUUCUUCAUAAUCUUAUCAUACCUAUACGGCUAUACCAAUCAAUAAUCCGCCCACACACCCAUUUAAUUAAAGGUUGAAGAGUAUUUAUUUGUGCAUGGAAGAAGAAAAAAGAUGCCAGAUUUGAGACGUGGAGUUCGCCAAGCUAAAAAAGUGAUAAAUCUUGAUAAUAAUAAUAAUAAUAAUGAUGAUGAUGAUGAUGUUGUUGUUGUAGUAGCCCCUACAACACGUCGUGGGACCCGCAGAGGUAAAGCUCAGGCACCAAAAGCAACUCCGGCAUACCCGAUUCCAAUGCCGAGGCCAGGUGGCAGAGGUAGAGGGGGUAGAGGAAUUGAACAAGAUAAAAAUGGUGAGAUAUUUGGUGGUGUUGGUGGUCGUGGGCCCCACUUGAAUUUGGAUGUGGGAAUUCGUGAUCAGUUGGUUGUGGGAAAAAGUGCAGAAAAAUUGGUUGUUAAUGGAGAGGAGGAAGGAAGCUCGAGCCCCGUUCCUGAAAGGGUGCAAGUUGGCAAUUCUCCUGCAUACAAGUUAGAAAGAAAACUUGGUAAAGGAGGUUUUGGUCAAGUUUAUGUUGGUAGGAGGGUGACAGGUGGCAUGGGAAUCUCGGGCCCAGAUGCUCUUGAGGUUGCUUUGAAGUUGGAGCAUCGUAAUGGGAAGGGAUGUAGUUAUGGUCCUCCUUAUGAGUGGCAAGUUUAUAGUACUCUAAAUGGUUGUUAUGGGAUUCCAAUGGUUCAUCACAAAGGUCGCCAAGGAGAAUAUUAUAUCCUUGUUAUGGACAAGCUAGGCCCGAGUUUGUGGGAUGUUUGGAACUCUAGCAACCAAACUCUUUCAGAAGAAAUGGUUGCUUGUAUAGCGGUGGAAUCUUUAUCAAUAUUAGAGCAGCUUCACUUAAGAGGUUUUGUUCAUGGAGAUGUAAAACCAGAAAACUUUUUACUUGGUCAACCGGGGACACCCAAUGAGAAAAAGUUGUAUUUGGUUGAUCUUGGUUUAGCUUCAAAAUGGAGGGAUACGUCUUCGGGUAAUCAUGUUGAUUAUGACCAAAAGCCUGAUGUGUUCAGAGGAACAGUACGUUACGCGAGUGUACAUGCUCAUUUAGGAAGAACUGGAAGUAGAAGAGAUGACCUUGAAUCAUUGGCUUAUACAUUAGUUUUCCUCCUUAAAGGAAAACUUCCAUGGCAAGGUUUCGUUGGAGAGAACAAAGGGUUCCUUGUUUGUAAAAAAAAGAUGGCAACGUCUCCGGAUAUUCUUUGUUAUUAUUGUCCUUCACCCUUUAAACAAUUUCUUGAAGCUGUGACCAAUAUGAAGUUUGAUGAAGAGCCUAAUUACUCAAAGCUUAUUGCUUUGUUUGAAAACUGCCUAGUUUCUAAUGCAGCAUUGCGCCCUUUAAGAAUCGAUGGUGCCCUAAAGGUGGGACAAAAGAGGGGAAGGUUGCUCAGUGAUUUGGAAGAGGGUUCUCAACCUAAGAAGAAAAUUAGACUUGGGACACCAGCUAAUCAAUGGAUUUCAGUUUAUACCUCAAGAACACCAAUGAAACAAAGAUACUAUUAUAAUGUAUUGGAUUCAAGACUUCAUCAGCAUGUGGAAAAAGGGAAGAAUGAUGGUUUGUAUGUUAGUUGUGUAGCAUCUGCAUUGAAUCUAUGGGCAGUUGUCAUGGAUGCUGGGACAGGGUUCACUUCGCAAGUUUACGAGAUUACCCCCAUGUUUUUACGCAAGGAGUGGAUAAUGGAGCAAUGGGAGAAAAACUAUUACAUAACAUCACUUGCAGGUGCCUCGAAUGGCAGUGCCUUGGUUGUAAUGUCAAAGGGGACAACCUAUACACAACAAUCAUACAAAGUAAGCGAUGUGUUUCCAUUCAAGUGGAUCAACAAGAAAUGGAAGGAGGGCUUUUUGGUCACUUCAAUGACAACUGCUGGUAAUAGAUGGGGAAUUGUGAUGUCUCGUGAUGCAACUUAUUCCAAUCAGGUGGUGGAACUUGAUUUUCUGUAUCCGAGUGAAGGGAUUCAUAGAAGAUGGGAAAACGGAUACCGAAUUACAUCAGCUGCUGCAACUGAAGAUCAAGCUGCUUUCAUACUUAGUACAUCAAGGAGGAAAUUACAAGAUGUCACUCAAGAAACUCUCAGGACUUCUGCUUUUCCUAGUACCCAUGUCAAGGAGAAAUGCUUCUAUCGGUAUUCAAAAUCUGCUCAACAUGUUGUCCUUUAGCUUUCGUGCUACACCUUUCUUGAAAAAUGGUUGAUUGGAAAUGUUGAAAUUUAGUCGACAUUUCUGUGUCAUUUUUUUUAAUAUGAGGAAGGGAGAUAAUUUAUACAACAAUGAAGAAAAGAUGGGGUUUUGUGGCACCCCUCUUUUUUCGGGUUUGGUGAUGUGUUGUAAGGAUGUAUAGUCGAUAAACUUAAUGUUAAAACUGGUGGUUGAAAGUGUGAUGUUACAUGGCUUGAAAAAAGUCGGGUUUUGUGAAAAUUUGUAUGGUGUGUAAUUGAAUUUAUAAAGAAAAGUUAAGAAAAAGGUUAAGAG